AUGGCAAAAGCUAUACCAAAAAUUGGUUCACGUAAGAAAGUGCGUAUUGGUUUACGUAGGAAUGCACGUUUUAGUUUACGGAAGAGUGCACGUAGAAUAACAAAAGGGGUUAUUCAUGUUCAAGCUAGUUUCAACAAUACCAUUAUAACUGUUACAGACCCACAAGGUCGGGUGGUUUUUUGGUCCUCGGCCGGUACUUGUGGAUUCAAAAGCUCAAGAAAAGCAUCACCCUAUGCUGGUCAAAGAACAGCAGUAGAUGCUAUUCGUACAGUAGGUUUGCAACGAGCAGAAGUUAUGGUAAAGGGCGCUGGUAGUGGAAGAGAUGCCGCAUUACGAGCCAUUGCUAAAAGUGGUGUGCGAUUAAGUUGUAUACGCGAUGUAACACCUAUGCCGCAUAAUGGAUGUCGACCGCCUAAAAAAAGACGUCUGUAA